CACGGAAGUAGCAGCAAAAUCCGCAAGUGGUGUAAAUUUAACGAAAACCUUCUUUUAUUCUUUGUCAAAAAACAAUUUACGCUUAGAAGAAGAGACACAUUUUUGGUGCUUUUUUGGAAUAAUAGUGUCGGAAAUCAAGCGUGAGGAACAUAAUUUGUUGUUUCCGGUGUGUUUAGUCAACAGUCUUAGCAAGGGUCGUCAUCAUGUCGAAGCAAACUCUGGGGAAGACUUUGCUGCGGAAUGUAAUCCGCCACACUGAUGCUCACAACAAGAUCCAGGAGGAGUCCGAAAUGUGGAAGAUGCGAGGCUGGGAGGUCCAAAUGUCCAACAAUAGUCAUGUGAGCGCCACGAAGUCAAUCAGGGGUCAAAUGCACUGCGAUCGAUUUUCCUAUCAGUCCAGAGUCUCGUCGGAGCAUGACGACAGAGAGGCUCGAUACUGGACGCGGAAACUCUAUGACUUUGAGGACAACGAUCCAGACAGAUGGGGCCACAGUGGCUUCAAGGAACUGUACCCCGAGGAGUUUGAGAGUGACAGUGACAAAAGCAGCACCACAAAGAAGAAGGGCAGCCAAAGUAAAGCGUCCGAAUCAAAACGCUCUAAAAAGAAGAAGAAAAAGAAAAAGAAGAAAAAACAGACAGAGGAAGAAGAGGGACAAAGGAAAAAGGCAGACAGCAGCAAUGACAGCAACAGGACCAAAAGUCGCCAUAAAAGUAAGAAAAAAGAGAGGAAAGACGAGGAUGGACUGAGACGCAAAAGAAAAAACGAUGACUCGCACAAACACUCGGACUCCACAAAGAAGCGUAGGAGAGACUGGACUAAAGCAGCGGGCGAGGAGAGCACCGAUCAAAGUUCAGAAGAGUGAGAGACAUGGAAUUUGUUUUUAUUCUCUUUUAACAUUUUAGCAUUGGGAUACUAAAUUUGAUCAUUAGGGGGGGAAAAAAACACUUUAUUUUUUAUUUUUUUAGAAAUAUUAGAAUUUUUGAAUGGUAGGGAUGGUGACGUUCUUUGUUUAAUUUCACACAAAAUGCAGUACAUAUACAUCAUCUACCUGCUCCAACACAACUGAGUAUUCAUAUUUAUAUUAACAUCCUGCUGUGUAAAAUGCUGAUGUUUUUCUUUUUUCCCAUUAUUCAUGUAGCAAAUUUUGCCAUCUUACCUCACUUAAAAGAUUUUGAAAGAAAAAAUAAUAAAAUUAACGACAGGGUUCCUAUGCAAGUAUGGAAAAGUAUGGAAUUUGAUUUCAUACAUUUAAAGGUCUGGAGAGGUAUUGAAAAUGGAAACUAUUGAAUAGAGAAAAAAAAUCAUGUUUUCAAGACUGUUACAACAGCUCUUAUUUUCUAAAGCAAAAAAUGAUAAACCUAAAAAAAAUAGUGAUGUUUUUAUUUUUUUUAUUAUUUUAAGGCGCAUGGAAGUGCACCUACAAUGUUUAUGUAAGAACACACAGUAUUAUACCAUGGUCCUGGUGCAUACUUAAUUCUGAUUGGCUCAAUAACUUGCAUCCGAAUGUCUGUAGUACUGUAGUUCCGGUCAAAAAAAAAAAAAGGAUUACAUUAUUCCAAAUUAAUUAGCCGUUAGCUGAUAUGAGCAAACUGAUGCAGUCAGAUUUUAUGAUAAGUAAACGUGAAGUACUCCAAGGACAGAAAUUAGCACGUUUAAUACAACAAUGAGGAGUUUAAUAACUUACUUUAUGUGUUGAUUAAAACAGCUUUAAGUGUUUGCUGCUGAGGAAUUGAGGGGAAAAUGAAGAGACAAGUGGCACAAAGAGCUAACUUUGUAAGAUUUAAAUCAACUCCCAGACGAGAAGGGUAAACCCCAACGAAAUAGGCGAUUAAAACGCCGAGACACUUCCUGGCACAAAACCUGACAAAUACAGACUGAACACUUCACUGUUGAUGUUUUGACUGAUACCCUGUGACAGUUUUAUGUCACUGUCCAGUCAGCGAAGUCAGACAGAGAGUACAUCGUUGCCAGCCUGAGAGCUUGCAACCAGAAUGAUACACAUUUAUUUACUCAAAUGUCACAAAUUAUAAGAAUUUUUUUCCAAGAAGUCUGGAAAAAGUAUGGAAUUUUGAAAUCUCAAUGUUUAUGAAUGAAUGUAAUGAAUAUGAUGUGAGGCACUGUGAAGGACAAUUCAUACUUCUACUCAUUUAAAUAUUUACUAAUUAUUCUUGGCAUAAAAUGAGUGACAAGCUGUGGUCCUGUGAGAUUUAGAUACGGGCACUUGUUUAGAAAUAUAUAAUAUACACACUGUACAUUUGGGGAAAAAAUGAUGUGAGGAAGUGUGACUUUAAGAAACCAGCAAAUUUAACAAAUAAAUGCAUAAGAUUUACUGUAUAUAUUAGAAUUGCAAGAAUUAAAUAUAGUAAGAUAAAAUAAUGAAGUCAAAUUUUAUUUUGGAAAUAUAUUAAGAUUUUAAUAACGAGAGGAGAGCAAGGACAAGUGAGAAAGAAAUAAAUAAUAUUUAGAAAAUAAAUGGUACUAUUAAAGAGAAAUCAUAUUCAAUCAUAUACAUUCCUAUUCAGUUUGUUUAAAAAUAAAAUGGGGGUAUAUGAAAUUACAAAUAAUUUUUAAAAAUGAUGAAAAGCAGUGCAAAUGUAAAUUGUAAAUUCAUAUUUAAAUACUGUAUGUAGAAAUUUCCACUGGCAUAAGAUUAAAUAACCCUUUUAUGCCCUGUCAUACUCUUCUGAAUGUUUAUUAAGAAAUUAAUUUAAAAAAUCAGACUAAAAAACUUUCACAGUUUAAUAUUUUUUUUAAGUCAACAACAAUGUGAUGACAGCCGGGUUGAUAUCGACUUGUUUAUGAUGUCAUUGAUAUUUUUUCAGUACUGUAAUUAAACAUAAUUGCAGGAGGAAGGAAUGCUUCACAAUAAUCAAUGAUCACUGACAAUGGACAGCUCAUACACUGAAUUUAAACAGAACAUGUACGGUAAAACAAAAGAGCAUGGAUGUGGGCUGGACUCGUCUCCUGUUGCAUGAUGGGAUAUUUCCAGUUAGAGAGAAAAUCCCCUCUUGGUGUGCUUGCCGCUGGCACAACCAGGUAAUGUUUGCACAACUUGGCCAAAUAGGGAAACCGCCGUCCUUGUUCUGGGCCCACCGCAGCAGUGGAUUCUGCUUGGUGUGAAUUUGCGGUGUAUGCAAAUAAUCACGGACCUCUUCGUGUACGGUGGAAUAACUUUCCGCUCUCCCACUUCUCGGUGCUCCUGAAAAGUUGUUCAAAAUCCUGCUCGAGCCUGGCUUUUUUCCACUUCCCCGGUUCUGCCCAACUUAACAAAGUUGCACAUUAAUAAAUAGCAGACAAUUUAAAAAACAAUUAAGGUGACUGACUGAUUUCAGCGCUCACCUAUUGCUUGAAGCACUCUGCCUUCUCCUUAAGGCAGAAACACGUGAUCAGCGACAAGUCGUUGUUGUGGAGUAGUAAAGUCGACGAGUCUAUACAACCCCCGAGUAGGCCUAUAAAUACAAAAACUAAAAGUGCAAAUUAAAAUGAAUUGACCGUCCUUGCAUAUCACCGCCUGUCUUUAUACCUUCCUUUUCAAUGGCCAUUCACUUCAAGAAUAGGCUGUUCCCCAUCAAGAGGAACAAAUGUAGUGACCUGCAGGACGUGUGCUUGUUAAAUAACACUCACACAGUUGUAGAUGCACUGCAGCACUUUGUCCCCUG